CAAGAUUAUUAAAGAUCCUCCAUUCUGAGCUCUCUUUUAGUAGACAGAAACUGUCACAUGCGACAACAUAUCUGUCCCAUUAAGGAAGAGGAUCCAGUUCAACAGCAAUGAAUGGCUCUUUUAAUGACAGCCUUUUUAAUGACAGCCAAUAUGAUGCUGACUAUGAUGAUGAAGUCUGUGAAAAAGACAAGGUGGUCCAAUUUGGAUCCAUUGCUGUCCCUGUUUUCUUCUCUGUUGUGAUCGCACUGAGCCUCACGGGAAACAUCCUCGUCCUUGUAAUCCUGGCUUUGUACGAAAACCUCAAGUCUCUCACCAACAUUUUCAUCCUGAACCUGGCCAUCUCUGACCUCGUCUUCACCACCGGACUUCCCUUCUGGGCCAUGUACCACAUCUGGGGAUGGCUGUUUUCAGAGGCACUCUGCAAAAUUGUGACUUUUGUCUUCUUCACUGGGUUUUACAGCAGCGUCCUCUUCCUGACCACCAUGACCAUCUACAGGUAUCUGGCCGUGGUCCACCCGCUCUCUGAUCUGAGCACACAGAGACUCAGCACCGGGGUUUUUGUGUCUCUCCUACUGUGGAUGGUCAGCAUCGUAGCAGCCAUGCCCUCCCUGCUCUACAGCUCCCUCGUCACAAUCCCCCACAAGGGUACACACUCCCAGGGCUGCGAAUAUGAAACCCCACUGUGGAAAAGCAUCGGCAUCUCACAACAAAAUAUUUUUUUCUUGGUUACUUUUGUAGUGAUGGCUUUCUGCUACAUUCAAAUACUGUGCAGAAUCAGAAGCACAAGAUCUCACACAAAGAACAGAGCAGUUAAGUUAAUCUUCUGUAUCGUGGCUGUGUUCUUCCUCGGCUGGGUGCCGUACAACGUGGUCAUCUUUCUGAGGACUUUGGCAGACAAUUUGGAGUAUGAAGACUGUGAAGAAAGUAUCCGGCUUGACUAUGCGUUCUACGUGUGUCGGCUCAUCGCUUUCUCCCACUGCUGCCUGAACCCCGUCUUGUACGCAUUUGUUGGUGUAAAGUUUCAGAGUCAUUUGAAGUCAAUGCUGCAUCGAAUGUUCAUCCGCCAAAGUCCAGCUGAAGAACAGCAGGUUAGAAUGCAUGCCUUCUCACGCGGAUCAAUGUACUAGCUGCUAUUCAAGUAAAUCAUUUUGUUGUAUUUAAUGCCGCACUACUGAUUUGAUAAAAACAAUAUUUCCUAAUUACUUUCCAGUUGGUGAAAUCCAUUUAAUCUGAAAUCAGAAAUAUAGCAACUGGUUCAUAUUUUGCAGUUCGCCCGAAGAAAAGUUGGCAUUCUAAGUUUCCCAUUUCUUUCUUUUUAAACUUUCUGUUUCUUUACAUUUUCAGUUUUCAGUUUUAUAUUGUGACAGCCCUGUGCUUCAGGUCUGCAACAAUUAGGCACAAAUAUAGAUUAGUAUAAAUGGAACUUGACAGAUAAGAAUGUCAAACAUUUAAAACACAUUUCGUCCUUGAACUGUCACACCCAGUAAAAAGUAAUGUAGAUAUAUUUGCAUGUAUUUCUCAUUGCCUCUUUACAAAAAAACCUGCAACGCGUUGGAUUUUUUUUCAUGAUGAGCUACAAAAUGUGUGAGUUGUCAAUUAUUGGUGAAAAUAUAUAUUUACUGAAAUAUAUGUAAAUUGACAGCAAAUGUGUAUUUAUAACAAGCAUAAAUCUGUAUGUACUAAAGAGAAAUAAAAUACUUUUUUUUCAUUGUA